GGAAGAAGGAUCAGAUGAAGAAGGCAAAUAAAGGGACAGAAGUGAAUGAGAAAAGGCUGUUUCAUGGGACCGACAGUACCUUCAUUACACCUAUUUGUCAUGAAAACUUUGACUGGCGAACCUGUGGGACUCAUGGUACCCUGUAUGGACAAGGUAAGUGUUGAAGCUUGUAGCAUGAUGAAAUGGUUUGGUAUACUUCAUUAAAUAUACACUCCAACCACCAUAACCACAACAGAUAGCUUUCAGUGUAAGUAGUCCACAAUUGUAGAAAGGUUUCACUUACCUGGUGUCUGCUAGAGCUGCUCUCCAUCCCAUUAAUUCUGAAUGAAAGCCAAAAGAUGGUGCGGGGCGGGACCGCCGAGCUGGACGGUCGCAAGCAGGAGCAGCUCCUGCAAUAAAUCUAUGAUUCAACUGCAAAGACAUGCUAAAACAUGAUUUUUCACUUUAAUGCAGACCAACAGCGAGGGUGCCCAGAGCAAGGGGACUGCUGGGCCCAGGGAGAGGCUGGCUCAUCGGGCUUCAGUUCCCUGGGGGAGAGACUCACGUCGACCAAACUGAGGCCUUCUCCGGUGGUGAGUGGGGCAGACGGCCGCUGCCCUGCUAUCCUGCACCACAGACCCCAAUCAGAGGCUCAACCCUGAAUGGAUCCGGCCCUGUUCCCUCCCCCUAUGGACCGGGGGUGAUCCCGGUCCUCACCCCAUGGCCUGGACCGAGACAGCACAAUCGAGGCUGGGGUUGCCGGGCGCUGCACUUAAGAUGGCGGGCGCCAUGUGUGCAAGCGGCAGGGGGACCACCUGCUCCCUCCCCGCGACCAUGGAUGGCAAAGUGGCUCCUGCCUCCCGACCCAGCAAUGAAGCAAGGCGGAGAAACACUCCUCUCCCCCCUAAGUCAAGCCAUCGCCACACUGCCAACGAGGCCCACACGAGCAGACAACAGCGGCAACAUUGAGGAGCCGGAACACUGCGCAACGAACACUCCCGUCUGGGGUCACUGAGCAUGCAGCCAAGCAAGACACAUCUACGGAAGAACAGUCCCUGCAAACACUCUCCACCCAGACCAACCAGAGAAGACCCAGCAGGCGGCGAACCCACGAGAGUAACAUUCAAGCCUCCCACUAUGGCUGACAGCAACCUCAAGAGGAACGACAGAGGCUAGAGCAACACACCAUGACUGCAGCCCAGGAGAACUCACUGCGGAGCAGAGAUAGACUAUGCCUGGAAGCUUGCUGGGCCUGCUAUGCCGGACACACAUUUGCUGCCACACAAACUGCAGUGCAGAUAUCGGACGGUGCUGGGACUCCUCCUGUCUGUGUGGCCUCGAGGCCGCCCAGAAGACGACACAAUCCACCGAGACAGCCCGGGUAACCCCGACCAACAAGGGUGAAAACUUUUAUAAAGUGACUUAAAUAGACACAACCUGAAUGUAACCCACAGUCUAACUGCAACAACGUUAGCACAAAUCUUGCAUCUCAUAUGGUAGACAGGUACUUGGCCACCUAGCUUGAAAUUGAUGUCAUAUGUUUAACAAUAUACCAGCUAAUUUAACUUGUGUUCACUGCAUAAGUAUAUCACUAAUGAUAUUAUUUCAAUAUGGUUCCUGAAAACGUUUAACAUCUGGCAGUCGCAGCAAUGUUAUGCCAAAUGUCCCUGCUUUACUCGUGUUCCAUUACCACUCAUGUUUUACUACUACCUAUUUGCACUUUAAAUAUAAAAACGUGCGAAUGUCUCUACAUACCCCACUGUCACAAAUGUUAUUGGUAUAAGCGAGUGGAAUGCCUUUGGGGUACCACAAGCAUAUCUGUUAAGCCUAUAUGCACGGAAAAAUAAAGAAUAAAAAAAAAAAGAAAGCCAAAAGUUGGUAAGCAGAAGCCUCCACUGGUUCUACUGAGCUAAGCUCUAGCAAACAGUGACAGUUGCUGGGCUUAGUUCAGUCAGAAAGCUUUUGGCUCUCUAUUGGAAGUAGUGGAGGCAGAGAGCUGCAUCCGCGGGACCCCAGGUAAGAAGGCAAACCAUUCUAAAACGGUUGACUACUUAAAAUGGUCGAGGCAUCAUGGUACUCCUGUAGUAGUUAUGGUGCUUGGAGUGCUCCAUUAAACAAUAAAGUAAGAGAACCAGAUGGACCUUUGUAAGUCUUUGUAUUGGCUUCCCAUUGUCUAGAAUACAUUAGCUCUGCAUUUGGAAUAUAUAUAUAUAUAUAUAUAUAUAUAUAUACAUACACACACAUACACACACACACACUCACUCUUGCUCGGAUGGUCAGCAAGUUGUAGUAGUAUUUGCAGGAUUUCCAGAUCUAUUUAUAAUACUGCUCUCGCUUUUUACCUUACAGGAAGUUACUUUGCAAGAGAUGCCUCUUACUCUCAUAACUAUUCACCAAAAAACAGUGAAGGUAAAAGAACAAUGUUUGUGGCUCGUGUGCUAAUAGGAGAUUUUAUUACUGGGAAUUCUACUCUAAGACGACCACCAUCCAAAUCUGGGAGCAUGACCCACUUUUAUGACAGCUGUGUGGACGACACAUACCAACCGACCAUCUACGUGGUGUUUGAAAAACAUCAGAUUUAUCCAGAAUACCUUAUAGAGUAUAAAGAGGAGGAGAAGAAGUCCUGCUGCAUUAGCUAAACGUGUCAAUGUCUGACUUAAUGGAACGACUGUAUGAAGCAAAAAUAUCAGGAGAAUAAAUACUACAACAUUAUUUAAAUACUUUAAAUAUAUUUGCCACUUUCCCUAAAGAAGUUAAACUGUUUAUGUAUAAAUUGUGAUGUUCAAUAGAAAUUAUGAACAUAGUAUCUAAACCAUGCUCUCCUCAAAAUUGGCUAUUGUUGCCACCAUGCACCAUGAAAUCACAUUCUUAAAGGGAUUCUCCAGUGCCAGGAAAACAAAUCCGUUUCCCUGGCACUAGAGAAUCCUGGAGUGCCCUCCCGCCCCCCAUCCCAUGUCGCUGAAGGGGUUAAAACCCCUUCAGCCACUUACCUGAAUCCAGCUCGGAUGUCUCUCGGCGCUGGGUCAGGCUCAACCCAUGCUCCUCCCCUACCGAGGUCACUCGGCUGGGGAAACCUAAUGCGCAUGCGCAGCAAUGGCCACGCGCGCAUUAGACCUCCCCAUAGGAAAGCAUUAUUCAAUGCUUUCCUAUGGGGAAAUACAAAUAACUAUAUAUGACACAGGUCUUAUGGCUUAUAUGCUGACUGUCUCCUCCUCCUUUGUGGCUCAUAAGAACACAAUAUCACAUAUGGAGGGCUUGUUCAGAAGCCAGUGUUCUGUGUAUAUAGAAACGAAAAAUUUAAAACGCUUUCACGCAAAAUAGUUUUUGAGCGUGAGCGUUUAGCUAGAGAAAUAGUUAACAAUGUUAAAUAUGCACUUAACCAAAUCGUAAAGAGAGCAGGUGUUUAUUAUCAAAGCCUGUUGGCUAAACCUAUAUUAGAGACUGAUAUCCACAUUAUUCUGGUAAUUAACAUACCAAACCAUCUCACCUAACUUCUUAACAGUGCGAUAAUUUGCACUACUUAAUAUGUACCCUGAUAUUUAGAUAAUUCCCUUACAUUGGCAAAUAAAUGAAUAGCGCCAGAUAUUGAAAUGGUACAACUAUAAUGGUUUCCAUAAAUCAGUCAGAGGUUUAGCCAAUAGGCUUUGAUAAUAAACACCUGCUCGCUUUACUAUUUAACAUUGUUAACUAUUUCUCCAGCUAAAGGCUCACGCUCCAAAACUAUUUUGCGUGAGAGCAUUUUGAAUUUUUCGUUUCUAUUUUCAAUAUAGGGGUUAAGCCCCGAGACAUUACUGGAGGGUCUCUCUGGUGAUCUAAUUUAGUAAGGGUGGACCUGCAAGCACUGCCCACCUUAGCUGAAUAUAUUUUCAUAUUCAGUGAUCGGUGUACACCUGUUAUCCAACUGCUUAAAGACUGCACUGACAUCCCUCCAAGACUACUGGCUGUACAGAAUGGCAAAAGUUACAAUACAUGUGUCUCUAAACACAAAUUAUGCUUGCUAUACAGAAUAUAUACAGCUUUGAAACUUUUUGUAGCAAAACUGAUAAGGGAUGGCUCUUUCUCUUCCUGUGAAAUUAGUUGUGUAUUCGUUAAUAAACAAUACACAAGAUCCAGCGCACUCUCCUAUCUACUAAACAGCAACUUCAAUGUUGACAGAUUUGAUUAGUUUUUUUUAAAGUUUUUUCUAAAGUUUUUUUAAAAAAAAAACACCUAAUCUAGACAAAAAAUAAUGGGGAUUUAGUUACCUUAUAUGAUCAUACAUCACCCCAUAGUUACAUUAUAUGAUCAUAGCAGCACCCCAUUUAAGCAUGUUCAGGUGAGUGCAACCACCCCCCCAUGUUUCAUAUAUAUAUAUAUAUAUAUAUAUAUUUGGGAGUCUAGCCAACUCUGUGGUUUUGCAUCCCUCCCUGUUGCAGGUGCCUCAUUUCAGGUCUCAGGUCUCUAUUGUACCGCAGAGAGCCUCAGAUGGAAAGUGAGUGAGUUAUUCACAUAAAAGUAGACAUUAGAUUGUGAACCUGCCAAAGAUGGGGUACAUUGAAGUUGUGGCAGGCUUAUGCAAUGUAUGAUCAUAUAAUGUAACUAAAUCCCCAUUAUUUUUUGCCUAGAUUAGGUGUUUAAAAAAAAAAAAAAAAAACUUUAGAAAAAACUAAUAAAAUCUGUCAACAUUGAAGUUGCGGUUUAGUAGCUAGGAGAGUGCAGUGGAUCUUGGGUAUUGUUUAUUGUAUAAUAUGGCCCCCAGCAGCACGCCAUUUAAGCAUGUUCAGGUGAGUGCAACCACCCCCCCCCCCCUCAUGUUUCACAAAAUGAGUUAUAUGUAGAAGGUUUGCUAUAAUUAAAGGAUCACUAUAGUGUCAGGAAAACAAAGCGGUUUUCCUGACACAAUAGUGCUCUGAGGGUGCCCACCUAUGGACGCUCUGCACGAUGGAGUCAUAAUAUGCCUCCAGCGUCGCAGAUGCGCCUCUAGUGGCUGUCCGGAAGACCGCCACUAGAGGCUGGUUUAACCCCAAAUGUACUGCUAUGUUUGCAUCUGAAGGGUUAAAACCUGAGGGACCUGAUACCCAGACCACUUCAUUGAGCUGAAGUGUUCUGGGUGACUAUAGUGUCCCUCAGGGCCGGACUGGGAGAAAAAUUCGGCCCGGGCAUUUUUUUAACACAGCGGCCCACUAAGAAGGGGGCGGGGGCAGAGGAGGUGUGUUUUGUCAUCACCAAUGACAAACACGCCCCCUCUCAAAGUGAGCAUGUUGGUUCAAUGCUCUUCCAGGGCAGACCAUGCGCAGAGCUCUGCUGAAGAGCUCUAGCAUGAUAAAAAAAGCCCUGUAUUUGUUCUGCACAGUGCAAGCAAAUUUAAUAACAUGCUUGCACUGUGUUUCCUUGCAAAUUGUCUCUGGUGUCUCUAUAAAGAUACCAGGAAACAAAAAUGCCAGGAAAGAGUAUUGUGCAUGUGUUUGGAGCCUGCUUGUGGUAUUGCGUGAGCUGAUUGUGGUGCGGUAUUGUGUAAUAAGGUUGGUUUUAGUCAUGUUGUGUUUGUGGUGUAAUGUGAUGCAUAUGUGGCUAGGGGCUGUAGAGAAUGUGUGUAUUGGGGAUAUAGCAAGUGUGUGCAUACAGGCUAUAGUGUGUGUGUGUGUGUGUAUAUAGGUGAUGUAGUGUAUGUUUAGGGGUGUAGUAUGUGUUUGCUUACAAGGAAUCUAGUGUGUGUAUAGGGGAUCCAGAGUGUGUAUGUUAAGAGUGUGUGUGUAUAUAUAUAAAUAUAUAUUUGGAAGUAUUGUGUAUGUGUGUGGUGCAGUGUGUUGAGGGUGUUCUGUGUGUAUGUGAGGGGUGCAGUAUGUGUGUCUGAGGGGUGCGGUGUGUGAUGUGUGUGAGAGUGCGGUGUGUGAGAGUGCUCUGUGUGAUGUGUGUGUGUCUGAUGAGUGUGAGAGUGCUGUGUAUGAUGUGUGUGAGAGUGCCGUGAGUGAGAGUGCCGUGAGUGAGAGUGCUGUGUGAGAGAGUGCUGUGUGAGAGUGUUAGAGUGCUGUGAGAGACUGCUGUGUGAAAGAGUGCUGUGUGUGAGAGAGUGCUGUGUGUUAGAGAGUGCUGUGUGUGAGAGUGCUGUGUGUGAGAGUGAUGUGUGUGAGAGUGAUGUGUGUGAGAGAGUGCUGUGUGUGAGAAAGUGCUGUGUGUGAGAGUGAUGGGUGUGAGAGUGCUGUAUAAAUGUUAGAAUGGAUUGUGUGUGUAGGGGGGAGGGGGGCUAAAUAAAUAAAGUAGGCAUUAUGUCCCCCCCUCCCUUCUUACCUUUAGCCUGGGAGGGGGGGACCGGCACACUGAUCCCUGGGACUGGGAGGGGGGGUUCCCUGGUGGUCCUUGUGGUGAG